UUAUGCUCAGAGUCAGCGAGUCACAGCUCUACCGUCAGCUGACUAAUUCACAUGACAACCCCUGUCUCGUUUCGGGCAAGUCCUGUUUGCCGGUGCUGUGAAAGUAUUCCAGAGGAUAUCUUUUUAUUCGGCGGAAACCACCAUGUUAAGCUAACGCACAGGAACCACACGGAUAAGAUGAGUGGCUAAGGGCGUUCCUCAAACAACAAACUAACAAACUAUGUCACUGCUAACACACUGAGUCCGCACAAAGAGCAGCAGCCUGAAGGGUUAGCUAAACAGCGUCAGCUUCGUCGAUGUGCUGUUCUCUCCAGUAGAUUUUUUUUUUUGUAAUCACUUCCUCGAGGUAUUUGCGUAAAACCUGCAAAAUGAGUCCAGAGGGGAAGAGGCUGCUGAACAUCAUCAUCCUGGGCUUCGGAUUCAUGUUCAUGUUUACUGCUUUUCAAACGUGUGGCAACAUAGAGCAAACUAUUAUCAAGAGCUUCAAUAGCACCGACUUCCACGGGAGUGGAUACACAAGCAUGGCCAUCAUCUAUGGAGUUUUCUCUGCAUCCAACCUGAUCGCUCCUUCGGUGGUGACUGUCAUUGGACCGCAGCUGUCAAUGUUUUUUAGUGGGCUUCUGUACAGCGGCUACAUCGCGGUGUUCAUUUACCCGUACACUUGGAGCUUCUACACAGCGUCUGUGCUGGUUGGAAUCGCAGCAGCAGUUUUGUGGACGGCUCAGGGAAACGUGCUCGCCAUCAACUCCACCGAUAACACCAUUGGAAGGAAUAGCGGCAUAUUUUGGGCGCUGCUGCAGUUCAGCUUAUUCUUUGGAAAUCUAUACAUAUACUGUGCCUGGCAUGGACACGUGCACAUCACAGACAAGGACCGUCAGACGGUGUUCAUCUCCCUCACGGUGAUCAGUCUGGUGGGUUGCUUCCUCUUCUUUCUGAUCCGAAAGCCUGACCCUGAGCCGGCUCCCUCCGAGGUGUCAGAGUCGCUGCUGCAGGCUGAAUCCACGGAGAGCUGCUCCACGGCCGGCUCACCUCACUCAGGCCUCAGCUCACAAGCUCUGGAUGCUUUCGUCAAAGCGUGUAAAAUGUUUGUCACCAAAGAGAUGCUGCUGCUGAGCGUCUCCAUAGGAUACACAGGCUUGGAGCUCACCUUUUACAGCGGAGUGUACGGGACGUGUAUCGGAGCCAUGACGCGAUUUGGCCAAGAUGCCAAGAGUCUGAUCGGCAUCUCGGGCAUUUUCAUCGGCAUAGGCGAGAUCUUGGGAGGGGGCGUGUUUGGGAUGCUGAACAAGUGCAACCGCUUCGGGAGGAACCCGGUGGUGCUGCUGGGGCUCAUCACUCACUUCGUUGCCUUUUACCUGAUUUUCCUCAACAUUGCCAGGGACGCUCCCAUAGCCCCGGAGGCAGGAACAGAUCUGCAGGCCUACAUCACACCCAGCGUGGGGGUGGCGCUGCUCUGCAGCUUCUUGCUCGGUUUGGGCGACAGCUGCUUCAACACUCAGCUCCUCAGCAUCAUCGGCUUCAUGUUCCGCAAUGACAGCGCUCCCGCCUUCGCCGUGUUCAAGUUCAUACAGUCCAUCAUGGCCGCUCUGGCCUUCUUCUACAGUAACUACCUGCUGCUGCACUGGCAGCUGCUCAUCCUGGUCGUGGUGGGUUUUCUGGGCUCCGUGACCUUCUUCAUGGCCGAGGGGGUGGCCGAGUCCAGCAGGCGAGAAUCGGACUAUGACAGCAUUUGAUGUGUGUCUGCUGAGGAUGAGGAGGGCACAGCUGAAGGUCUGCUGCUCUCCACAGCUGGAGGAAACACCCAGGGAUGAUGAUGAACGCAUCCCAGCCACCACUCUGGUAUGUUUGGUUUGUACAGAACCGUCUGGCCUGCACAGAGCCUGGCAGCGGCUGCAGGAACCAAACAUUAAUCCCAAUUCCAGCAUUUCCCAGAUUUAUCUAAAGGUAUGAGAAGCACUGCGUGCACACAAGAUAUACCUCAUUUUGGUUCAUUCCUCGCCUCCUCCUUAUUAUUUUGUGCACGUGAAAUUGAAACUAAUCUGAACAAAUUAUAAAGAUAUACUAUGAAUAGACUGCUCUGAGGCAUGAUGGGUAGAGAUUUGUUAACCAAUGAUAUAAAGAGGGGUGGGUCAUGGGUCCCCCUGCUCGUGCCUGUAUGACGACAUGCUGACGAGUGAUGAUGUCACUGUGGAUCAGCUGUUCACACAGAACUUUCCUGACACCCUGUUUUCGUUGGACGUACUGACUUAAAGAAUCCGUCUGCUGACGUUUGUUAUGUGAUGAACAUGAACAGCAGAUGAAAAGAUCAAAACCAGCAGUGAGUGUGUCCACUGACAUGUCCUGACAUGCUCCUUCAUCACCGUGAACACACACACACACACACACACACACACUAUAGCACCAAAUGUGGAUUCAUCCGCCGCUGAAAAUAGUCUCAAACAGAUGCUGUAUUUCCUCCUGCUUGUCUGAUAGAAACUACAGCGAGCAGCUGUUUUAUUAAAAAAUUAACUGUAUAUUUUGGGCUUGGAGCUGAGAGACAGAGACGGGAAGUCAGACCAUAAUGAGAGACACACUAACACACUGUUGGUUUUGGUCUUUUCGAGGGAACAGAGUAACACCAGCCUCAUUCUCUGAAAGUUUUCCCACGCUCUUGUGACUCUCUCAAAAUCAUUCAACUUUGAUUACAAUGAAAUACUGACAAAGCAGCCUCGGGUGGGCUUCAUAAGUCUGUUCUUAUGUUGUUCUCACUAAUGUGCAAGGGAGACUGACUCACAGCACAGGAAGCAGCUGUGUCACGUAUCCACCGCUGUACUCCCCAGUCUGUCCCACAGGUUAGGCUGCAGUCACGAGCUAACCCCAGCCUGAAUAUUCAUAGAUAUUCUGCAAUAUCAGUCAGUCAUCAGCCACAUGACAGCAAGCUGGGAGCAAAGCAGUUAAAGGGAAAUAUUAUCAAAAAACUGAAUCUGUUUUAACCCCAUCCAUUGUGUUGCGCUGUUUCUCUUCCCUCCUCCAUCUCACUAAGUGCCAUAUAAUUGGUUUUGUUGUAAUUGGAUCCAGAUAGUCAGGACGACAUGUGACUCUGCGUUCCAGGAAACCUUUCAGAAUUACAAGUGGGGGAAACAUUGAGGUGAAAUGCAGUUAAUAGAGGCUGUUUGGUUUGUGCCAGAAGAAAGAAGCAAACGUCUGUUUCUUUGCAAUGCUACUUUUUCUCACCUCUCGAUAUGCGUUGGACAACAAGACGGCAAAUUUAGAGGAAGUGAAUGAUUUUUCUUUCACAUUUCACAUUUUCACCUUGACGACAGCAUACGGCUUUGAUCCACGCUGGCAGCGCGGCUCGAUAGACGAGCGUCUGUCGUGUCGGUCCGCCGCUUCGCAUCAGAGAGAAACCUCUCGUUAACUGCGGGAGUCGUUUCCAUUCAGGUUCCUCACAGGAUGAGUUGUAGUCACUCUGGUGAUCUUGUGGGAAACUAAAAGGGAUACUUCAGUGAUUGAAGAUGGAGGACUCACAAGAGUUCUGUUAAAAACAGAGUCGUGAAAAUGUAUGCAGCAUACAGGUCCAGAUCGAAAAAUGCUGGUUCCCACGAUUCCCAUAAUGCAGCGAGGUUGUUGACCUGUGCUCACACAUUUCCAAACAGAAAAACAGUGUAAUACAGCCACAUACAUGUCUGAUGUCUUUCAUACUCACAGCACGAUGAACCCUGCUGAUAUGAGUUACCAAAGACUGUUCCUCUGUCACCAGACUGUCAGGUUUUUUCUUUACUUCAAAACAAACCAUGGACCUUUAAUCUUUCUCUUCCUUUACGAUAAAACAGCCUCACAAAGCUGCUGGCGUGGCUGACAGCACUGUCCCGUUCUUUUCUUUUUAAUUAGUGGUGUUAACGGCGCACGUUGAGUAAGGUUCCCCUCACAUUGUCCCUCGUGUCAAACCAAUCGGAUGCCAAAUCAACACAGUGCUAAAUGUGGGCCUUCAGAGGUGCUGUCUUUUCCACACAGCCUCAUGUAAUGUUGGAGUGGGAAGGGACAACAGCCAACUGUAUCUGACAUGCUGUUUUUUCACUUUGUUCAAAGUGUCAAGUUUAUGAACUGCAGUACAUUAUCUAGUUAAUUUAUUGCUAAAUGAAACAUUAGGGGCUGGGUAUUGUUUCAUUUUGUGAAUGAAAAUGGAUGCAAUCAGUCUCAAGGAUAUUAAGGGAAAUGCAUGUGUACUAUGAAGGUGAUUUUAUACUUGAAUGUAGUAAUUAAGGAUGGCACCCAAACGUUUGCUUGCUUGUUUUUAUUAUCAAUAAAAUAUUAUUUUGAACAUUA